AUGGAAGCGUUAGCCGCGUUUGGCCUGGCUGCCAAUAUUGCGCAGUUUGUUGUUAUGGCUGGCAAGACUAUUGAAAAGACUAUACAUCUAUCCAGAAGAAACCAGUCACUGUUAGCCGAAAACGCGGACCUAGAAAUCAUAGUUCAGGAUUUCAUCGGUGCAGUGCCCAUAAUACGGCGGUUGGACGAAGAUGUGCUAAGAAAUGACGGAAAACUCAAAUCGUUCGCAGAGAGCGGUAAGCGGAUAGCAGAUGAGAUCCAGGAAAAGUUCGACAGAAUCAAAGCUCGAAGGGCGAAACGGAGGCGUAUCGAGAGUCUGUUCGCAACCUUGAAAGAGUUGAAAAUGGCGGGUGAACUAGACUCACUAAGUGCGCGACUGGCUGCUUUUCGAAGUGAAAUUACGCUGCACAUCAAUUUGAAACUCCUAGAUCACCAGGAGCAGAUAAAGCAGAAUCUGAACGGACUUACUGAGAGCAACCGUGCAUAUAAAAGUCGCAUCGAGACCCAGUUAGCAGAGCUCACAGGAAAGAUAGACAGCCUCACAAUUACUGAGUCUCUCGAUGAUACAUAUGAGAGAGUUUGGAAAGGCACUCCAAAGCAGUUUACCGAGCUGGUAAACGGGUUUCAUUCUUGGUAUCCGCAGAUAUUAGACUUUCAGAAAACCCAGAGAAUCAUCAAUAGCCUCGAGUUCAGCCAGAUUGAAGAGCGGCGAAACGCCAUUCCAGAAGCGCACAAGAACACCUAUAAAUGGGUCUUUGAUGGCGACGUCGCCAACCUAAAGUCGUGGCUUACGACGGAAGAUGCUCCGAUAUAUUGGGUAACUGGGAACGCUGGCUCUGGAAAGUCGACUUUGAUGAAAUAUAUCCGCGAACACCCACGACUAUCUGCUCGGCUUAGAACAUGGGCAGGCAGUCGAAAGCUCUACGUCGCAUCUCAUUUUUUCUGGAGUGCAGGCACCCCCAUGCAGCAGUCUCAAGAAGGACUACUCCGUACACUCCUUUUCCAGAUUUUGCUCGAGCGCCCAGACCUGGUCUCCCGAGUAUUUUCGAAGGAGUAUAACACGCCACAAUAUCAUUUGGGAGGCUCUAGAGCGCUUAGGUGGACUACAAAAGAACUUCUUGACGCUUUAAUUUCUCUCCCUACGCUUAUGGUCCCGGAUUGUCUGUUCAUAUUUAUCGACGGCCUAGAUGAAUACAGCGGGGAGCACGAAGCACUGCUGCAAAUCAUCAAAUCUCUUGGCAAGCUUCCCAAUAUCAAACUAUGCGUUGCUAGCCGGCCUUGGCUUGAUUUCAUCGACGCUUUUGAAGAUAGCCCCUGGAAACUGUAUCUACAACACUUGACAAAUUCCGAUAUCGAGAUGUAUGUUCGCGAUCAUCUGGAGCCACAUCCACGAUUCAAACAACUGCGUAUCCGGGAUGAGAACGCCGCUCGGGGUCUUGUGGAGAAAAUCACUUCGAGAGCACAAGGGGUAUUUCUAUGGGUCUAUCUGGUCGUUAAAUCCAUGAUUAGAGGCCUUGUUAAUGCAGACAGUAUGAGAGACUUACAUCGCAGAUUGGACGACUUGCCUCAACAAUUGGAAGACUUUUUCGACCGGAUACUGGCAUCUAUCGACGAUUUCUAUAAAACUCGAACGUCUCGCGUCUUUCUGGUACUAGCCCAUUCUCGGACUCCUAUGUCUCUCAUUUCGUUUUACUUUCUCGAUCGUGAGGAAGGACUACCUUUUGAUCCGGACUUAUUCCUUCUAGACUGGCCGGCAGUGAAUGAGACAGAGUUGGAAGUGAUAACAACUAAGAAAAGACAGUUGAUUGCACAAUGCAAGGACCUCAUACAAAUAAUCGAGCGGCCGAAAGAUCCCAUAAUGUUCAACUUCACCGCCAGCUUUCUCCAUCGUACGGUUAUCGACUUUAUCAACCAACCACGAAUCCAUGAGAAUCUCGUCAAUGCUGCCGGAGCAAGCUUCAACCCCAUAACGACGCUCUUUGAGACAAAUGCCAGGCAGUUUCAAUCAUUGAUUCAUCUACUCCCAAGGGUUUACCUGAAGCCCUACUUACGAGAUUGGUACCUGGCUUCUACAUUUUACGCUCGAGAGAUAGAGGUCACAUUUGGCAAAUCAAAAACUCAGCAACUAGAUCAGAUGAACGAAUCGCUCAUUAGCUAUUUGGAAGAAAGGGGUUUGACAAAAUAUGCAUUUAACGAAGCUCUGUCGAAACUCUUUGACGGCCAACAUAGCAUUGCAACUAUUCCCUCUUUCAGAUCCUUUGCCGACCUCGCCAUAGAUUGUGGGCUACGCCUCUACAUUAGCGACAAGGGACUGCGAGCAGAAUAUGAAUUCAUGUCGCUCAAGCCAACGCUAUGUAUUGAACAGACUUCAGGUUUCUCAAUCGAGCGAGUUCCAGAAGACCCACAAUCACGCCGACGCGUAGCUACAGUUCCCGGCAGACAGCCCUACAGCAACACAUUCCACAUGUUUACGGAAGCAGAGGAAAAGUUACUUGCCGAACUGGAGAAAAUACACCGUUCUGGAUCAUUCACCCCUCAGCUAGGGGUAAAGCAAGAUGCAGAACAUCAGAUAGAACCAACUGAACCGAGAGUAGAACGGACCUCGGAAAUAUCGGAGAGUAAAAUGACACCAGCUUUCAUCCCGCAGAAAGCCAAGCCGAGGGGGAUGAAAUGGGUGUUAUUGAGAUUAUUACGCCAAACGAAACACUCCGCGUAA